AUGCCUCGUCCUCCAUGGGCCUUGAAUCAUUUUGCUUUGGCUUAUUAUGAGGCUGAUCAACCUUUUCUUGAUUCUCAACAGUUGGAGUCACUUUUGUCUUUGGAUCUCUCCAGACCACUUGAAGACCAGGGUCCAUUUGUUGCUAUUGUUCACAAACUCUGUGAUUUUGUUGUAAAAGCCAAUGAAGGAAAUGAAGAAGCAAUUAAAAUAUGUGAAGAGUUUGAGGAAUAUAUCUGUCGUCACCCUGAGAUUUUGGUUAUAGACCAGCUCUCCAAUGUGAGAAAGCUACUUGAUCGUUCUCAUCAGUACACCAUGGUGAAGACAAGUGAACUAGAACAAGAUGAUGAUGUGUUCACUCCUCCUUUUGUGGAAUUUACUACCACAGACAUCCAAGAAAAUAUAGAGAAGAUAAAAGCAGCAAAAGUCAGUUAUCCAUUUGUAUGCAAGCCCUCUGUAGCCCAUGGAUCUGAAUUUGCUCAUCAGAUGGCUUUGAUAUUCAGUGAAAAGGGUUUGAAAGACAUCAAUCCUCCUUGUGUGGCCCAAACUUUCAUCAAUCACAAUGCUGCUCUUUUUAAAAUAUUUAUCAUUGGGAAAAAAUAUUUUGUUAUUGAGCGUCCGUCUUUGAAGAAUUUUUAUCCUGGUGAUCAUGAAACUAUAUUCUUUGACAGUCAUGAUAUAUCAAAACCUGGCUCUGCAUCUGUUCUCACAGAGUUAGAAGACCCAGACCCAGAUUCUCCAAGAAAUCUUGAUUCUAAACAACUUGAGCAUGUUGUUAAAUCUAUCCAGGCUGAGCUAGGACUGGCUCUUUUUGGAAUUGACAUCAUUUGUGAGAAAAAUACAGGUCGAUAUGCUGUCAUUGAUAUCAACAACUUCCCAGGAUAUGAUGGAGUGGCCAAUUUUUUUGACAUACUGUGUGAGUUUAUCUUGGAUGAGCUGAAUCUCAAGUAUCCAGGCUCCAAAAGUACAUCUUCUUGCUCACCAUCAAGCUCCUCGACUCCAGAGUUAGACAAUUUGUCAACAGCCACUAUGGCUUGUGUGCUUGCUGAAGCACCCCUUUUAACUCCUGGGCUAGUAUCUCGAGAGGAAUAUCUUCCAGUUCACACUCAUUGCCUCUGCUGUCCAAUCUCCUCUACCUUAGAAGUUUAUCCAACUCCAUCAUCUGUGACAGACCAACUUUGUUGCUCUAGACCAGAUGUGAGAUUAGAACACAGCAAUGACAAACAAGUGACUGAAGACCAAAAUAUCAUCAGCUCUCAAUCCAUUGUUAAGACUAGCUCUGAACUUGCAAAGCAAACAGAAGAGUUAAGUUUCUAUGACUCAGGAUUUGAAACAGCUGACUCUUCUGAUGAAAAAAAGAACAAUGCUCCUCUAUGCACAAGAAUGACGAAACGCCAACAUUCCAAAACCAGCCAAUCACAGUGUAGUGAACUGCCAGUUAUUCCACUACAGGCACCUCCACCAGUUGGAUCUAAAGCCAGCCAAUCACAGUUUAGUGAACUGCCAGUUAUCCCACUACAGGCACCUCCAUCAGUUGGAUCUAAAACCAGCCAAUCACAGUGUAAUGAACUGCCAGUUAUCCCACUACAGGCACCUCCACCAGUUGGAAAUCAUCACACCUGAUUGUGCAAGGUUUCAACAUGUGUAAACAUAAAAUAAAUUGCAUAUGCUAAAGGACAAGCUGGAUAAAUAGUUUCUAGGUUUUUAUUUUCAUAGCUAAGAGUUUUACUACAAAAUUAACCAGUAUUUAGAAUUGUAAAGGUAUGCUUAGUUUUAUAAAACAGACCAAAACACUUAAAACAUUUUAUAGUAUCACUGAUAUUAUGUUUGAGGUGAAUAUUUAGUUUCCUGUAAUAAAGCACUUGUUAAUCAGAAGUGACCAGUGAUCCAAAAUUUCAGUUGUGAUAUUUCGAGUUGAUCACAUCUUUUAGUAAAUCCAGCUUUAUUUUGAUAAUAGUGAGACCACAGAAACACUUUCAGUUGUACUAACAGUGUUUAUAUUUAGCCAGAGGGCCAAUUUGAAGUCUAAUUAGUAGUUAUGGUUAAUAACCUGGAUGUUCUAACAAAUAAUUUUUACUGUUUACAAUUUUAAUUAUAAUAAUGAGAAAAAAGGAUGUGGCUUGCUGUGUAGAAUAUAUAUGUGUUAAAUUAAAUUUAAAAGAAAUGUUAUUAACUGAAAAAAUUUAAACAAAUAAUUAAGGUAACAGACGCCUUAACUUCCUACAUGUGUGAAAAUUUUCUCUUGCAUCUGAGUUAAUAUUUCCCACAAUAAUAUAUGGUACAUAUUUAUAAUUCACCAAUAGAUAAUCAGUUUAUUGACUUUCAUUACUGUAAACAUCAACACAAAAAAACACCAACACAAGUAUGGUAUCAUUUAAGAGCACAGAAACAACAAUAUUGCAAGUCAUUUUCUUUUACUAAGUCUCCAGGUAAAUUUAGACUUUAUAAAUUACUCACUCAGAGUAAGUUUAGGUGCUCGUGGUGCUUAUACAUGUGUCUUGUAAACCAUUUGUGAACAUACAUUUCAAUAAUUUGGCAACAGUUAAAUAAAAAUUUAUAAUGAAUGAAACUGUUAUAACCAUAUCCUUCAAUGACAUGUAUUAUAACUUUAUAAGCUAACAGGUUGAUCUAUGUAUAUAUGGGUUCUUGGUGCAUAACCACUUACACACUUCUAUGUCAUUUUUUCUUAAUGAAAGGUUUUCAGUGUGGGAGCAGAUAUGUAGGGCAAUUGGAUAUGCAUUUCCCUUACCAUCUAGAAGAGCACUACCUGACAUUCAUCAUUUGAGAAAUAGAUACAUGUACACAAAAUUUCUGAAGAACAGUUUUGAUGGUAGAUUCACAGCAAGUUUGACCUGAAUCAUUCUGGGAUCGUUAAGUUAAAAACAAGUUUUGGUUAUAUAUAUGAUAAUUGAUUCUUAUAUCAUUUAAAAUAAGUGUUUAAACUUUGCAGAAAUAUGUCUAUGUUUAGAAAAAUUUAAACAGUUUUAUUCAAAUGAAUGAGUAGGUAGGGUACUUCAUGUAAAGACUUGUAUUAUAUAAUAAGAUUAAUUCCUUUUCUUGCAAAUUGUCACUAUGAUUUAUAAAAGUUUCACUUGUGUAUAUUUUCUUGAAUUAAGUAAAAGAGAAAGAGCAAUUUUUAUGCAAAUAACACAUUUGUGGUCACUUUUCUUUAUAGUUUUCAUUGGAAAUCUUCAGCAGGGAUAAUAUUCAUUACCUUCCAUUUCACUUAGAAAUUGUAGUAAUCAUCAGUAAUGUUUAUUCAUUAUCUCUGGUGUAGUAGCUCUUUCACUUUAGUGUGAUUAUCCUGAAUGAUGAACUCACAAUAAGGAUAAGACUAACAUAAGUAAUGUUCAUUCUGUGCAACAAUUCUUCAAAUUUCAUCCGGGUUGGAACAAUUCAACUUGGUGGUACGUAACUCACCAAAACAUGAUAAUUUCAUGUAUACAGUACUUUUAAGGCAACACACACACGUUUACAUUAUUUUUCUUUAAAUAUCUUGUCUGCAACUGCAAUGUUUAAUACAUUUGUUCAUACAAUACACCUUGGAAAUUGAAGGAUUAGUAAUAUGUAAAUUGACAAACAAAAAUUACUACUACAAACCAAAAAAUACCAAAAGUAUACAUUUCACAGUUGUACUAAAAUAUACAUAUUGGUGUUAAGGUACAUUCGACUACAAACAAAUGUACUACAGUUUUUAUUGUUUAUUAUGUGUGUAUGUCAAUGAAAUACUAAUAUACUAAAUUUUAAUCUAGCACAUAUUUAUGCAGUCUUAAUGUUAUUUAUAUAAUUGAAGUAGCCCUAUCUGGUGCUUAUUUCUGUAUGGUUUUGUUUCUGAUAGUUAGAUCAUCUAUGUGAAUUUUUUUGUUUUACUUCAGUUAGAACUAAGAAAAAUAAAAGUUUUCAAAUAUCUAUAGAAGCUCCCUUAAUGCUUUACUCCAUUGUAUUUACAAGUAGCAGAAGAUUUGAAUUAAGGAUUAAAAGAACUGUGUGUUUUCUAAACCCUGUCCAGGAUGUGAGGUUAUCAUCAUAGUCAGUUCUAACAAUAUUUUUCUAAUUCUACUAGUCUGUAUAAUAACUAUUUUGAGGGGGAUUGAUUGCUGCUUUUUAUAUCCUCAGUGUCACAUAAAUAAGUGUCUCGGCUUAAAAGGAUGAAACAUUUUUGCAGGCAAUACCUAGGAAAAAGGCAUUAUUAUAAAGGAAUUUUUAGACAAUGGAAAUUGUGUUAGCUGGUUUACUAUACUUUAUGAUCUUUCGUGUAUAUAUGUGCCUGAAUGAAACUUUAUUGGACUCUUUUGUUCUUGGACCUAUGAUACACACCGGAAAUUAUUUUAUAUGCUAUAAUUCCUUGUAAUUCAAAGUCAACAAUAUAAUACCAUACAAUAAUUAUACUUAUUAUCACUGUUUACACAAUGUGUUUGAAUGUAUCAUUACUAAAAACACAGUUUCUUGUAAAAUGUUUAUUGUCAAAGAAAAACUUACAGCUAUUUAAAUUAUUUGACUCAUUCUCAACAUUUCUGCAAUAUAUUAUGACUUUCCACUCCAACAACAACAUCAGUAUUGCUGCUGUGUAACAAAGGAGUUUCGAGGCACCUUGCAAACUAGUUCUCAGCCUAAAAUAAUCUAUUUACAGUUGUCUAUCUCUUAUCACUUAACUGGGAGACAGAACAGUUGGAAUAAGUUUUGAAUGUGGUGAACUGUACUAGUAUGGUAUACUGAAAAAUAAAUUUUUUUGCAUAUUUUUUUACUAUUAAACUAAAUUUGCCUACUGUUUUUCAGUACAGGUGAAAACAAUGAUACAAGUUAAAGCCUUCAUUAAUUUUAAAUAAAUAUCCAUUACACAUGCAUGAUAAUAUAUGUAAUUCCUGUAUUAUGUACAUAAUAUUAUAUCUGAAAUAUCUUUGGUUACAAAAUAAUGUCGAGUGACAGUGCAAUAGAAUUUUCAAAUACUGAGCAUUAGGCAUAGGUUAUAAAAUAACUCUCACAGAAUGCAGUUAUAUGGCAGAAAUAUUAACUUUAAAUUCACACAGAAACUUGCAAAAUAUUUCAGAAAUUCUGACAGUAUUUUACAAUAAAGACAAAGUAUUCUUGGGCAGUGAAAAGUUGCCAAAUUAGCUAAAUUACAGCAUAAACUACUAAUAAACCAAAAUGUAUUCUGUAAUAAGAGAAACAUAGCAAAUGUCUUGAAAUAUAAUGAAGUACCAAACUUCAAAUGUAACAGUUAUUUAUGGUGACAAAAAACAAACAUCUGUGUAGCAUUUGAAAGCCAGCUCUUACAUAUGCUUAGAAUACUCAGCCUUUCUAGUAAAAA